AUGUAUGGCCUCAACACUGAAUCCUUGGCAGAUCACAAACGCCGUCAUUGUCACUUCCAACGCCAAGAAAUACAUGAACUUCAAUUGGCGCAACGUAGCAUGCGGCGCAAGCUGAACGAACUGAAAUACCACCGCAUUGACGAACGCGUACGCAGCAUCGAAAUAGAGCAACAUCGUCUUGCGGAUGCCAAUUUCAAUUUGAGUCGCCAAAUUGCCACGUUGGACAAAUUGCAUUUGUCGAUGCUGGAACUGCUGGAGGACGUAGAAGGUCUACAAACUAAAAUUGACAAGAAUGUGCCCGAGCUACGGCAUGAAAUAUCCAAAUUAGAAUUUACAAAUGCACAACUAACAUCCGAACAGAAUAUGCUGCGUGAGGAAAGCAAAAAUAUGGCACGUUCCAUACAAGCCAUGGCAAUGAGUGUAAGCACUUUACAGGAUGAACGUGACGGCGUCCGGAAAAUGGAAACAACUGUAACCAAACUCCAAGCACAAGUCGAUCGUUCACAAAGUGUCCUACAGGAUGUGCAACGAGCAUUGACACAUCACAGAAGAGCUGACAAUAAGCUUCAACAAUAUGGAAUUGAUUUCAAUGAUGAACUAGAAAACAACACUAAUAGUGUUAAUAAUACCAACAAUACGAAUUUAUCUCAAAAUGCUGAAACAUUGGUUGAAAAGUUAGAAAAGGUUGAGUUACAAUACGAGUCCAUCAUAAAUAAAUUACCACAAGAUUGCAGUGAUGUUGCACAAAGUACUGAAGGUCUUUAUUUGAUUGCGCCUGCUGGUCAGCAUCAUCCAUUAAUGGCCCAUUGCACAGCAGAUGGCUGGACAACUGUACAACGACGUUAUGAUGGCAGUGCUGAUUUUAAUCGUUCGUGGGAAGAUUAUGCUGCCGGUUUUGGCACACCUGCUGGUGAAUAUUGGAUUGGUAACGAGCAAUUGCACCAUUUGACCGUGAAUAACUGCACCGAAUUACGUAUAAUUAUGCAAGAUAUUUACGACAAUGUUUGGCAAGCACAAUACAGUAACUUCUAUAUAGCUUCACGCGCUGAUGGCUUCCGCCUGCACAUUUCCGGCUAUCGUGGCAAUGCAUCAGAUGCUUUAGACUAUCAGCAGGGUAUGCAAUUCUCAGCGAUCGAUGUAGAUCGUGACAUCUCACAAACGCACUGUGCUGCUAACUAUGAGGGUGGAUGGUGGUUCUCUCAUUGUCAGCAUGCAAAUUUGAAUGGACGCUACAAUCUCGGUUUGACAUGGUUCGAUGCGUCGCGCAAUGAAUGGAUUGCCGUCAAAUCAAGUCAAAUGCAAAUAAAGCGUCAAUCAGCAGCAGUUUGUGCUUAUAGAAAUGCUAAACGAUAUGCUGCAACUGCUUCUGAUGUGACAAGUGCGACGACAAUUAUAUCUAGCGAAGUACCGACAACCACAACAACAGCAACGUAUUCAUCCGGUGUACAAGUGUAGAAUGCCUUUCAGAGCAUUCAUACAAAUCAUCAUACCAUGGAAAACCCAAACACAUUAAAAUUAUAAAACUAUAAACAAUUACAUACGCGUAUCUUUGCUAGAGUUAGAACCACCAUAGCCAUGCCUGCUGUAGUUUGACGUGCAGACCGUUCAUAUAAUAUUGCGUAUGUGAGAAGUCAAUAGAUUUAUGCGUUACGAUAAGGCGUCAUCCAUAUGGAGAUACUAAUUACUAUAAAAUUUUGUAAAUAUUUUCAAUAUAUAAAGGCAAGUUGUGAACAUGCUUUCUAUGUAAGUCCAGAGUUACUAUUUAAUUAAGUUGUAUUUAUAUUAGAAUUUCUGA